ACGUCAGAUAGUGAAAUAUCAUGAUAACGAAUCCUCCGAGUGUUUUUCAACUCAGUUUUUGUGUCUUAUAAUCGACGAUACCGAGCGAGCAAUGUUUCAAGACUGUACGCGCCUUAGAAAUUUGUUCAAUACUAUAUAGUUAUACAAUACUCUGAAAGCUGAGUUUUAAUAUGAAUGGUAUUUCAAGAUUAUUUUGGUGAAUCACAUCUAAAGGCAAACCAUGUCACAGUGCGAAGUGGAAGCUGCAACUCCAGGGUUUCAUCAGCUUAGCAUCACUAUUGAAGCAGCCGUAUUGCGCAAUUCGUCAUUUCUGAAACCUAAUCCUUACGUUGAACUCUCAGUUGAUGACAAGAGUCCUCGCAAAACUGAGAUUGCAAAAUCCACAUAUCAGCCAAAAUGGGUGGAAAAGUUUACCAUUCUUGUAACACCUUACUCCCAGCUGCAUUUUAGACUCUUGGAUCACAGCACCUUUCGUAGGGAUGCAUUGAUUGGUGAAAAGAGAAUUAAUUUGUUUCAAGUUUUGUCCUACUACAGUGGAAAAUUGGAUAAUGUUGAAUUAACUUUGGAUUUAAUGAGCGAAAAUAAACACGAUGCUUAUGGUCCACUAUCAAAGGUUGGAGAGUUGGUAACAUUAUUUGACGGACUAAAAAUUGAUAUGAACGAAGUCAUACCCUCUAAUUCCUGCGAACAAGUUCGCCACAAUCAAGUUACAAGUGGUGCCCUGACGCCACUUGGUUCUUCAAACAGUGACUCUGGGAACAAUCGAAGUAUUCUAAAUGGUGGUGUGAGAGCUCGCAUGCGAUUACACGGAUCAGAGAAUGCAGCACCUUCCGUAAUGCAGCCAGUUAUGCAUCGAAGUUCAACCAACAUUCUUCACAAUCCUAGUCACACUGCAAGUCAACCCAGUAAUAAUACCAACAAUGCUCAAAUUGUUGGCCUUACCUCUCCUAUGGCUAAUGGAGUUGGUAAUCAUUUGGCUACUGAAAGUAGCAGUGGAUCAACAGGGCCCCCACUGGGUCAACCAGCUUCUGCUGGACCAUCUGGAGUACCCGGGGAGACUGAAAAUGGUAAUCAACCUGAAGAACCUUUGCCUGCUGGUUGGGAAAUGAGAUAUGACGUCUAUGGCAGAAGGUAUUAUGUAGAUCACAACACUCGCAGUACAUCCUGGGAAAGGCCACAGCCACUCCCACCAGGCUGGGAAGUACGAAGGGAUCCUCGCGGGAGAAUUUAUUAUGUAGAUCACAAUACAAGAAGUACUACUUGGCAACGCCCCAACACAGAGAGGCUACAGCAUUUCCAGCACUGGCAGGGAGAACGGCAACAUGUUGUCCAACAAGGAAAUCAAAGAUUCCUCUACCCUCAGGCUCAUGGUGGACAAGCAGCAGUGGCUGGUCUUUCAACGGCAGUCGUUGAAGAAGAUGAUGCUCUAGGGCCCCUGCCAGCUGGUUGGGAGAGACGCAAACAGCCCGAAGGCAGAGUUUACUAUGUGAAUCAUAAAAAUCGAACAACUCAAUGGGAGGAUCCAAGAACACAAGGACAAGAAACAGGAAUGGACGAACCACCCUUACCUGAUGGAUGGGAGAUUAGAUUAACUGAAGAUGGAGUCCGGUAUUUUGUGGACCAUAAUUCGAGAACUACAACAUUCCAAGAUCCAAGACCAGGAGCGCCGAAAGGGCCGAAGGGUGUCUAUGGGGUUCCAAAGGCAUAUGAGCGAUCUUUUCGCUGGAAAUUAUCACAAUUCAGAUAUUUAUGCCACAGUAAUGCUCUUCCUAGUCAUAUAAAGAUCAGCGUUACCCGACAAACUUUGUUCGAAGAUUCUUAUCACCAAAUCAUGAGACUGCCGGCUUAUGAGCUCAGACGACGAUUGUACAUUAUAUUCAAGGGUGAAGAGGGCUUAGACUAUGGCGGAGUAUCAAGGGAAUGGUUUUUCUUACUGAGUCAUGAGGUAUUGAAUCCAAUGUAUUGUCUCUUUGAGUAUGCAAACAAAAGCAACUACAGUUUACAAAUAAAUCCGGCAUCGUACGUGAAUCCAGACCACCUACAGUAUUUCAAAUUCAUCGGCAGGUUCAUUGCAAUGGCUCUUUACCAUGGACGUUUUAUCUACAGUGGAUUCACAAUGCCUUUUUACAAACGAAUGUUGAAUAAGAAAUUGAUCAUGAAGGAUAUUGAGUCUAUAGAUCCGGAAUUUUACAAUUCACUUGUAUGGAUAAAAGAUAAUAACAUAGAUGAUUGCGGUCUCGAAUUGUAUUACAGCGUCGAUUUCGAGAUUCUUGGUCAAGUCAUACAUCAUGAACUUAAAGAUGGUGGUGAUAAAAUUCGAGUUGUUGAAGAAAAUAAGGAAGAGUAUAUGAGACUGAUGACAGAAUGGCGAAUGACGAGAGGUAUCGAGGAACAAACUAAAGCUUUCCUCGAAGGAUUUAAUGAGGUUGUGCCUCUAGAAUGGCUAAAAUAUUUUGAUGAGCGAGAACUCGAGCUCAUGCUCUGUGGCAUGCAAGAAAUAGAUGUCGAUGACUGGCAACGCAACGCUAUUUACAGGCACUACACGCGCAGCAGUAAACAAGUACUAUGGUUUUGGCAGUUUGUACGGACAACUGACAGCGAAAAACGAGCUAGACUGCUACAGUUCGUCACAGGAACAUGUCGUGUACCAGUUGGUGGAUUUGCCGAAUUGAUGGGGAGCAAUGGACCACAAAGAUUUUGCAUAGAAAAGGUGGGUAAAGAUACUUGGUUACCGAGGUCACAUACGUGUUUCAACAGGCUGGAUCUUCCGCCCUAUAAAAGUUAUGAUCAAAUGGUGGAGAAGCUGAACUAUGCGAUCGAAGAAACAGAGGGCUUUGGUCAGGAAUGACCAGUUGCAGUUGCUUUAAAACGAGAACUGAAUGAAGUCAAACUGCACCAGAGUGUAAUGCACUUUUAAGAACCAAACUUUAAUGUUGUAUAAAUAUUUCAUCAUAUUAAUAGUUAAUUAUAUACAAUAGAAACUCUAUAGUCCUUAUGCAAGGUGAGUGGAAUUGAACAACUCUUCUAUUUUGACUGUGCCUUUGAUGGUGCUGAACGGUCUGGAUAGAAAUAUUUUUUCUUGCACGUAUAAUUAUCGUAUUUUUUAUACUAAAAUACAUAUGCAUACAAAAUCAUGGGAUUAAUUCUUACAUAAUAGUCCAAGGACUGUAAGAAUUUCUACAUCUUUACCACAUAAGAUAUUUUUGAAAAGUUAUUUCUUGUUAUUUGCUCAAAAUCAUGUUAUUUCAAAUCUUUUCAACUUAUACUCUUUACCUUUUACUUUUAAUCUGCCCUAGAUUAGAGAAACUGUGAUUCUAGAGACUGGUCUAAACUUUUCUACAAUCGUUGCAUUUUGACUAUAGAUCAUUUGGAAAUAAAAUACAUAGCUGUGGUAGCCAAAAUUUGGCGCGAUUUGUCUCAAGUUAGAGUACUUGGGAGACAUUGCCAAAUGCUGAGGGAUUGUGAUUGGUUCAUGUAGAAAUUGUCAAAAAUCGAGAAAAAUAACAAAAUUUGAAAUACAAUUGGUGUGAUUGUUCUGAUCUUCAAAAAGAAAGUAAAAAGGACCCCAAAAUAAAAGUAGUAUAAUUUCUUCAUAACCCUACUCAGAAUUGCAUUCCAAUGAAUCAGUAAGGCAUAAGAAUUUUCGAUAAACUAAAAAUUAUAUAUCUUCGGUAAUUGAAAGGUAAUAAAAUAUGAGAACGCUAGUGAAAUUCAGUAUUUGACGCUUUCUAUAUCUCACCAAUCCAAAGUAUAGAUUCCUCCUGAUGAUAAUAAAUAUUGUACAUAAUUGAACUACACACAAUAAUUUGUGGCAUAUAUUAAAGCCGUUGACAAGCAAUGCUUUUAAAGAAAUAGUUAUCUACUGUAUAAAAAGAUUUUAAUUCAUAUAAAAGAACCACGUUACUUUAAGAACAAAAUAGCAAAAACGAACUUACAAACUAUUUCAACACUGAUGGCAACAAAUAGUUGAUGAUUUGCUUGACUGUUGAGUUGCAAACAGGCAGAUAGAAAUUGAACAUAAAUUCGUCGCUUGUUCACGAUAGUAUGGUAUACAUAUAUAUAUAUAGAUAUAUAUGAUUAUAUUUAAAAAAAAUAAUAAUAAUAAUAUUACAUCAAAUUAAAUGGAAUAAAGCACCUAUAUGGAUUUAUUUUUUGAUUCACUUACUUGUUUUUGUGAAAUUUCUGAACCUAAUCAAUAAUCGAUUUAGAUGAUUGAUUAUACCUAUUUACAAAGUGAUCAAAAUUUAUCUUGUAAUAUAAUUUAACAAGUAAAUUCUCUUUUCAAUUACAAUAUAGUGUAUUUUUGUUAGAAGUAUAUUAAUAUGUAUAUGUCGUACGAGUUUCGUUGUAUGUCAAAAACAGUAUUUAUGGGAGUACUGAGGUGCCUAAACUUUAUGUAUGAAAAGAUAUUGCACAUGUGCAAUCGCUUAUUAUAUUAUAAUUUUCGUACAAUACAUUUUUUAAUCUGUCGAUACUAACGAUGUUGCAUGAUUCGAAACGUAUGAAACACUGCUAAUAUUUAUCCCUAAGUAACAUUAAAUAAUUUUCAUUAAAAAUCAUUACAAUAACAAGUUACAAUUAUCACAGAGUUGCCACUUUACCUGAUUAAUAAAAGAAUUAUGUUUUAUUAUUUCAAUUUCAUAAGCAGUGUCUUCACAUCGUUUGAUCGUAGUUGUAUAAACUCUCAACCAUGUAAUUAAAUUUUUAAGUAUACAUAAAAGUAUUUAAUCAUCAGAUUGAUGAACAUUUUAAUACGUUCUAUUGCAAAUGUUCGGUGAAGUGGAUAUCUCCAGGCCAUUCAAGGUGACAUCGAGUCUUGCGCUCAUCGUAGUAAGUGACACCCACUGUACAUGACUGCGGUCUACUUCACCAUAUAUUCUCAGUAUAAAAAGUUUUAUUUAUAAAUGGCCAAAUACUAAUUAUUCCAUUCUCGUACGAGUAUAUUUUUGAGAUUAGAAUGAGUUAUUUUUACUGAGAAGAAAUGUGGUUCGGUUAUACACAGAAUAGCCCAAUGGAUUUAUUAGAUUGUAUAUAAUUAUGUAAGGUGUACAGAUUAUAAAGCAGUGAAUAAAUUUGUAGCUGAAACACAAAGGUUUUUUUCUCAAGUAAUUCAACCUUCCACAGUGUAAUUGUAUAAGUUGAGAUAAGUCAACUUUAUUUACACUACAUAAUCGAUACUAUUAAGAUUGAUAACAUUUUUACAUCACUUUGAUCCUAAAUAUUAUAUUAGAAGUCUAUAAUCUACAA